AUGAAAAAGACAAUUCCGUCAGAUGUGUGGGACAGCAAGAAAGACGAAAUAUCAAAUUUGUAUGAAGUUGAGGAAUGGCCACUGAAACAAGUCAUGAAGAAGAUUCGCAGCGAGAGUUUUGACCCAACUGAGACGCAACUUCGCAGUCGAUUAAAGAAAUGGGGUGUGAAAAAGCCAUCUCGACAAAAACGAAAGAAGACCUCGAACAAAGCGACCGAGUCGAAGGUUGUGAAGGUGGAACAGUCUCAGGAGGUCGUCGGAAAGUUAACACCAUGUUUGAAUCGCGAGAUGCAUGGGUCCACGGGUCAGGAAAACAACGAAGGCUGGACAUAUCCCCAAAGACCCAGCCAGAAUUAUCAGUUGGGAAACCCAGUGGUUUUGCAAAGCGAUGAAAUGCAAGGGACUUUUUCGAUCCCGUCGAACAGUAUCGCAAUGAGCGGGAGCACCAGCACCCUUCACCCAAUGCCCCACCCUCCGUUUUCCUACGACCCCUCGGGAGAUGCAUUUGGACAUGCAUUCUCGGUUCCCUGUUCAAUCGGGAACUCCAGUAUCGGCAGUGGAAUGGUCAAUCCAGCGGCGCCGUCUCAACCUUUUAAUCCAUCUGCUCAUUAUGCAGCUGGAGUUUCACCACAUAUGCAGCAACACCACGGCACAGCCCCCCACCGAACAUCCCCUUCCCUUCUAACACCGAAUUCAAGGAGUUAUGCCUCUCCUGAACAAUCUCAACCCACUUUCUCUGAUGAUGCAUACUACCAAGUUGCAAAUUCUGCUUAUAUUCCAUCUCAUGGCGGGCAGUCGUCAAUACACGAUCAAAGCACCACUAUUUACCCAUGUUUCGGUGAAAUUGCGCCCUGCGAUACCGAAGAUCUGGAUUCAGAACCUGGUAUACUCGUCUGGAAACGACCAUCAGCAGUUUCGGGCCCUCCGGAUAAUUUUAUGGGUGCCGCUCGAGUUUCGAAUCGUCGUCCUAGGUUUCGAAAACCUAAACCGGACGGAAAACCACCGCCCUCGCAGAAUUGGGAUGCCAACCAGAUAUACUCCCACAAUACACUGAUUUCCCAAGCUGCACAUCCUCCUCUUGUUGAUCAGCCGGUUCAUAGUGGUACACAUUUCGACGGCCAACAUGAGUAUAUGCUCCCAACGUCAUCGGCCCUGGACAUCUACCAGAGAUGA